AUCUAAAUACUGGAGUUUGAACUUCGGAGAAAUAAUUCCUACUUUUGCUGUUCUUAAAUCAAUAUUUUUUCCAUUGUCACUCUUUGAUCGACGAAAUGCAUCCUGUGCUACCUGUUUUUCUUGGUAUAGCUGUUGAGGAACAGAUUGUUGAACUUCGAGCAUAUCUCAUUACAAAUGGGGCCAGCUUGGAACAAAAAGGACCAGAUGAUUUAAGUCAAAAUCUCGAGGAAAUAUUUUCUGUUUCCAAUGAAUGCUUUAGGUCUUGUAACGACUCAGAGAUCAGUGGAUUCCUAAACAGUUUACUCUCGUUAAUAUUUUCCCUCAACGAGUCACGUGACAAUGUCGUUUGUUCUUUUGUUGAAUUUUUGAUGAAAAUGGACAGUCAUGUAAUUUUAAGACAUAAAAUACUGAAUACUCUGUUUUGUGGCUUACAUAAUUUGGAUCCUAUUCGUUACAAUGUUUACUGUAGUCAGUUAGAGCUCGCAUCAAAAACAGGAUUUCUUGAAAUGGUGACGAUAGACAUUGAUCAAGUAAAAACCUGGUUGACUGGUUGGGAUAAUAUUGAAAAGUCACGAAAUAUCUAUCGGCUUCUUCACAACGCUCUCGUUAACAAUGGACAAAAAGAAAAAUCAUUGGAAGUUAUGAUUGAGUUAUUGAGGACAUUUCCAGAAGACAACGCUUCUGAAGCAAAGCAAGAUGCAAGUGAUUGUAUUGUGUCGUUCAUUGAUAAACCUAACAUUUGGCUUUUUGAUCAUCUCCUUGAACUUGGACCAAUCAAAAGUUUAAAAGGAGAGCUUAUUUAUAAGCUCCUCGAAAUAUUUAUAAGUGGUAAUAUACAUGACUACAUGAAGUUUUACGAUGAAAAUUCAAAUUUCCUUUCAUCAACUGGUCUAAAUCAUGAAAAGAACAUGACGAAAAUGAGAAUACUGUCCUUUGUUUCUUUGGUGAAUAAAUGGGAAGAAAUUUCUUUCGAAGAUUUGUCAAAAGAAUUACAAAUUAAUCUUGCAGAUGUGGAAAGUUUUAUCAUAGAUGUAUUAAAGACUCGACUCGCUCGUGUGAGAAUAGAUCAAUUAAAAGGAACCAUUAUAACAAGUUCUGCAGCACACCGUACAUUUGGGAACAAACAAUGGCUGUCUUUACAAGAUAAACUUCAAGAAUGGCAAGCAAAUUUACAAACCGUCCAGAAACAAUUAGUUGACAUUCAACCUUUGCAUAGUACUUAAUAGAACUUGGAGAAUGUUUACUAUUAUAUAUGUUCUUAAUUCUUCAUGGCGUAUUAAAUUAAUCUUUUUGAUUUAACGCUCCAAA